AUGCAAAAGAGCCAAAAUGUGACCGCAGCAACGGAAUUUAAUGGUGUGGCGGCGGCGCCGAAUGGCGGCCAUCACACCUCUCCUGACACAAACGCAGGAAUGGCAAAGGUUUGUGUGAAAAUCGCAAUUUUUAGGUGAAAGUCUAACGAAAAAUCGGUGGUUUUUCUUGGUUUUCACCAGUUUUGUCGCCUCCCGAAUUUCUCGGAACCGCUAAUUUCCGUGAGGGUCGAAAAACCGCUGUAAAAAUCCAGUGAAAACCGAUUUUCUACACAAAAAACUGUUACUAUCGGCGCAUUUCAAAUUGAAUGCGCUCUGUUGGGAAAUCCUAAUUUUUUUUUCAAUCGCGACACGAUUUUAAGUUGUUUUCAUUCGAAUUCUGUAAGAAUUUUCCCUGUUUUUUAUUGGCGCCCACCUGGAGAUCACAAUUGCAACAGAGCGCAUUCAGUUUGAAAUGCAACAAUCGGUUUUUAUUGGUUUUUGACCAGUUUUACGGAUGUCGUCGAAAAUUGGUUUAAAAAAUCGGUUUUCUCUUGAUUUGUCGUGCUACAAAGUAUGAAUUUCGCCCCGCGCCUUCAAGAAUUUGUUAUCUUUCGCAUAGUAGUUCUCGUCGGGUACUUUGUGUAAUAACCGAAAAAAUCUUCAUCCCCUCCCCCCGCCGACAACAAUGAAACAGACGCUGUCUCUCCCGUCAGAAGGCACUAGGUCAAAUACACAUAAAUUUGACUUUUUUGUUCCAACCUCACAGCAGUUACACUUUGAUGAUAUGCCACCCGAAACCCCCUCGCGGCGGCACGUGACUAUCCAGACGCGUUCACGUGCAAACGGGCCGGCGAAUAGGUGAACGUAGGGUUAUUGCGAUAAAUGAACGGAUCGGAUGGAACUGGGUGGAACCUUUUUGAGCUUUGAACAGUUCAUUCGUUCGUCGGUUCCGCUUCAAAAACGCGGAGUUUGACCGUCAGAUUUGUCGCGCCGAUGGUUCCGUCCAGAAGCAAUUUGGCCGUACUCGGAAACCAGAACUAGAUAAUAGCUAGUCAAAUAUGUACUAGAAAAAAGUACUAUCGGGACAUUUCAAUGUGAAUGCGCUCUUUUGAGAAACCGAGUUUCAGUUGUUUUCAUUUGAAUUCCGAAGCAAUUUUCACUGGUUUUAAUUGGAGCCGGGCUGGAGAUCACGAUUCGAACAGAUACAUAUUUUCUACAUUUCUUGGAAAAAAAAGGGUAAAAAAUUGAUCACGGAACGGAGAAGGUGUUGCGUGAUGGGAAAAGAAGCAGCAAUCGGGCAGUGAUAAGAAGUGUCCUCUCCGAAAAUGACGUCUUCGACGUCUUCGUUGACCAAAUGGGGCGGCGGAAGCUUUCGGGGGUAAGGAUGUUGAGUAAAUAUACGUGUCUCGCCACCCCCUCGUUCCUCUCCAUGUCUUCUCUGUGUGUGUGUGAGUGUGUGUUGCCGCCUAAGACAGUUUAGGACCCAAAAUGACUGAUUGCAUAUCGAUACGUACAUGUGAAGGCGUUGAAUGGAGAAGGAGAAGAAGGAGAAGGAGUAGGCCUCCAGUGAUAAGAGGAGGGGCCACCGCCCCAGAAGACGUCGUCCUAUGAUCAAUUGUCAUGUCGCCCUCGCCUCCUUCUCUUUUCGUUUCUCCCUUUUCAAUCCGCUUCCCAUCAUCCCUCGCUCUUUCCUUCUCUGCUUCUGCUUCUGUGGCGACAGUUCGGUUUUCGUUUUGAACAGGACUGAUAUAGUGAAAUGGAGGAGGAGGAAUGAUAAGAUGGACGGUCUGAUUGGGAUAAUUCGAUUUGGGGUCGUCAAUAAGCUUUCUAUUAGUUUUUCCACCCCAACGCCUUUCUUCAAUUAAUCCCAAUCCACUCUAGUCUCAUUCGUCUGCUAUACCAACUUUUGAACGUAUCAUAGUGGUUCCUACUCUAGUUCAUCCCAUUGAUAUCAGGGUUCACAGGUUCUGCUAUCAUAUCAUCUCUCUUUUUGAACCCUUAUCUCUCAGUUCUUUAGUCUCUGCCGAUUAGGUUCAAAACCCAAUUAUGUCAAAACAUGUGAAAGCGUUUUUAAAUUAUUUUUUGGCAAUGCUGAAUAGCCCAAUAAGUUUCCCUUUUCAACUUUUCUUCUUUCGUUCUCCACUCCUACUUCCUCAUUUCUAUAAACCGUACUUCGUUCUCUGAUCACACAAUAUCUAGGAUUCUCAUCUGACGGUUCUCCUCGAGAAAAGGAAAAGCGGAACGGGAAGUCGCGGCAUGAGAUUGCGAAGAGCUCAUACUUACGAUGAGGUGAAUGACCAGGGAAAACACGAAUGACGUGGUGAACAGAUGAGAACAAGAACAUCAGAAGAUAUUUUUUGUCGCCUCAUGACCUUCCAGACACUCUGGUGUCUCUCACCUUCUCAGCAUGUCUUUUGGUUCGCCGAAAUCAACACAGUUUCGAGAAUGGUUUUCCCCUUCUCUCCGAUGCGUUCUACUCGUAUUCUCUCGUCCGUCUUUAACAAUUUGCCGCUGAAAUCUGAAAGAGAUGCCCAUUAUCGCUAUAAUUCUUGUCGUUUGUUUUGUCGGACGCCUCAUUGUGUACUUUUGGAAGCGGGAACCGAAAGGCGAACACAAGAAAAAGGUUUUGCUAUUGGUUUUUCGAUUUAGAUCGAGUAAAUCGCGCAAGAAUCGUGUUUUUCGAUUCCGAUUAGAAUUCGAAUUUUCCCGAGAUUUCUGGCCAACAAUUGGCGUGAACAAUAGAGCGCGUUCGCCUUUUAGGGGGGAAAAUAGAAAAAAUUCUGGAAAAAAAGUGGAAACAUUUUUAAAUGUCUCUGGAAACUUUUAGAACUUUUGUCAGAAGAAAUUUCCUUUUCUGGAAGUUCUCCGCUUACAAAACAGUGAAUUUUGUCGAAAAAGUAAAAAUUUGACGAAUUUCUCUAAAACCCUCCAUUGCCGUUUUGCAGAAUGUUAAAGUCGGAAAAUUUUCCGAAUAGCACUCAAAAAAAAAACUUUUCUAGUUGAAACAUUGCACAAACGGUUUGAUUUUCAGGAUGCUAAAGAGUUUGGCUGCAGUCUUGCCGAUCUUCGCGGACUCAUGGAAGCUCGCGGCGCAGAGGCGAUAGUUCGAGUGAGUUUUGAUCAAAUUUGGUUGAAAAUAGGUCUUGGCGCUGGUUUUUUUUUGCUCUGAAUUAGUCAAUUUCCACGUCUUCAAUCGAAGAAACGUUUCGAUCUUUCAAUCUCUGCGCGUCAUUCUGAUUUGUGUCUCUUUUUCUCCUUCUUCUUCUCACCUGCUGACCGUGUUGUUAAAAACUGAUAUAAUAGAUUAUGUGAGUGUGGGAAGACCUUGAAACAGGAGAGAAGAAGAAGAAGAAGAAGAAGAAGGGGACAAUAGAGAAUAGGCUGGAAAGUAAGUGACCUGAAAUAAAACAUUUCGGUCGAGUAAACAAUAGUCAUGCGCCUUCCACUUUUACAAAAGGUCUAAAACAAUCCACUUCAGCUGUCGACGGAACACGAGGGCGUCGAGGGACUGUGCAAGAAGCUGAAGACCGACUCGCUGGUGGGUCUGAGCGGUGAGCACGCGGACCUCGAGAAGCGACGCCACGUGUACGGAGCCAACACGAUCCCGCCGGCGAAGAGCAAGGGAUUCGUGCGACUCGUCAUCGAUGCGUGCAAGGUUUGAGCAAAGCCACCUCUCUAAGAAUCGGGUGACACUUUCAGGACCCCACUCUCAUCAUCCUCGUCCUUUCCGGAUUCAUCAACCUCGCACUAUCAUUCUACGAACCGACGUCGGCCGCCGAGGACGCGACGCAGACGGUGUUCAACGCGACCGCCGCCGCCGUCGUCGGAUUCGUAAACGCGACGACGACGGAGGCGCCGUCGGAAGGGCACGGCACCGCGUGGAUCGAGGGAGUCGCCAUUCUGCUCUGCGUCAUCGUCGUCGUCCUCGUCACCGCCGUCAACGACUUUUCGAAAGAACGACAGUUUAGAAGUUUGCAGGUGAGCACUGAAUUCAGAACUCAAGUGUCAUUCAUGCGUUUUUCUUCAGGAAAAGAUCGAAACAGGCCAAAAGUUCUCAGUGAUCCGCAACGGAGAGGCGAUCGAUGUGCCCGUCUCGGACCUAGUGGUCGGUGACAUUGCGCGCGUCAAGUACGGAGACCUUCUGCCCGCCGACGGAUUCCUCAUCCAUAGUAACGAUCUGAAAAUCGACGAAUCAUCGCUGACCGGCGAGUCGGAUCACAUCAAGAAGAGCGUCGAGUCGGACCCUGUCCUUCUCUCGGGAACCUACGCAAUGGAGGGAUCCGGAAAGAUGCUCAUCACCGCCGUCGGAGUCAACUCGCAGACCGGAAUCAUCAUGACGCUCCUGGGCGCCGGAAAGACCGGCCUCGACGACGACGACUCGACCUCCACCUCGUCGAGCUCUUCCUCGUCAUCCAGCUCCUCGAGAAGCUCCUCCAAUGCCACGUCUUCGGACAGCUCGAAAUCCGGCGACGACGACCUGACGGCCAAGUCGGUGCUGCAGGCGAAGCUCUCCAAACUCGCCCUACAGAUCAUCUACUGCGGAACGACGAUCGCCGUCAUCGCGCUGAUCGUACUGAUCACCCGAUUCUGCAUCGAGCAUUACGUGCUCGACAAGAACGAGUUCUCGCUCGUCGACAUUCAAAUGUUCGUCAAGUUCUUCAUCAUCGCCGUCACCAUCCUCGUCAUCUCGAUCCCCGAGGGUCUUCCGUUGGCCAUCGCCCUCGCGCUCACCUACUCUGUCAAAAAAAUGAUGUACGACAACAACCUAGUCCGCCAUUUGGACGCCUGUGAAACCAUGGGAAACGCCACGUCGAUUUGCUCGGACAAGACUGGAACGCUGACGACGAACCGAAUGACGGUCGUCCAGUCGUACAUCAACGGAAACCACUACAUGAGUCAGGAGAGCCAGCCGCACGGCGCCAACCUGCCCGGAUCCACCGGCCCGCUCCUCAUGGAGGCGAUCGCCAUCAACAGCGCCUACAAUUCGAUGAUUGUGGAGCCGACAAAGGCCGGCGAGCAAGUGCAGCAGCUGGGAAACAAGACCGAGUGCGGAUUACUCGGGUUCGUCAACCGACUGGGUGGAGACUACGCGGCGAUCCGAAAACGAUUCCCGGAGCACGACUUCUACAAAGUGUACACGUUCAACUCGUCGCGCAAGUGCAUGAUGACGGUGGUGCCGUACGCAGAAAACGGACAGGCCAUCGGAUACCGGGUCUACUGCAAAGGAGCCUCAGAGAUUGUGCUCGGCAGAUGCACAUAUCUGCUCGGCUCGGACGGAAAGCCGCAUCAGUUGACGGGCGAUCGAUUAAAGGAGAUCACGUCGACGAUCAUCCACGAGAUGGCCAAUAGCGGACUGCGAACCAUCUGCGUCGCCUACAAGACAUUCAUCCGAAAGGGUGCCCGCGAACUAGAAAAGACUGAGGUAAUCGGAAAAGACGGCGAAUCAGAAGGGAAAGGCGAAAGAUCAGAGAAUCAAGAAGGUCUCCUUCUUCUUCUUCUUCUUCUUCUUCUUGUUCGCCGAAACAGGAUCAUCUGUUUUCUUCUCGUUUUCUUCUCGUGCUUCCCAUCCUAAUCUUUCCGUUUUGCAGAUCGAAUUCGCUGAAGAGUCGGACAUUGCAUGGGACGAUGAGGACUCGAUGUACCACAACUUUACGGGCAUUGCCAUCUGCGGAAUCCAGGAUCCGGUGCGUCAGGAAGUGCCGGCCGCCAUCUCCAAGUGCAAAAAAGCGGGAAUCACGGUGCGAAUGGUGACGGGCGACAAUAUUAUGACGGCGCGGGCGAUCGCCAUGUCGUGCAAGAUUCUCGAGCCCGGAGAGGACUUUUUGGCGAUGGAGGGCAAGGAGUUCAACGAGCGCAUUCGCGACGAAAACGGAAAGGUCUCACAGGCGAAACUCGACCAGAUUUGGCCGCGGCUUCGCGUGCUCGCCAGAGCCCAGCCGGCCGAUAAAUACACUCUUGUGAAGGGAAUCAUCGACUCGAAAGCGACGCCGCAACGGGAAAUAGUCGCCGUGACCGGGGACGGAACGAACGACGGACCGGCUCUGAAGAAGGCCGACGUCGGAUUCGCGAUGGGAAUCGCCGGAACCGACGUGGCCAAGGAGGCGUCGGACAUCAUUCUCACCGACGACAACUUCACCUCGAUCGUCAAGGCGGUGAUGUGGGGAAGGAACGUGUACGACUCGAUCUCGAAGUUCCUGCAGUUUCAACUCACCGUCAACGUCGUCGCCGUCAUCACCGCGUUCAUCGGCGCCGUCACCGUCUCCGAUUCGCCCCUCAAGGCGGUCCACAUGCUCUGGAUCAACCUGAUCAUGGACACGCUCGCCUCUCUGGCCCUCGCCACCGAGCAGCCGACCGACGAGCUGUUGAACCGAAAGCCGUACGGCAGGAAGAAGUCUCUAAUCUCGCGAACGAUGGUCAAGAACAUUCUGUGCCACGCCGUCUACCAGCUCGUCAUCAUCUUCACCAUCUUCUUCUACGGAGACUCGAUCUUCGGCAUCAAGACCGGACUCUACGCGCCGCUCUUCGCUCCCCCAUCCCAACAUUUCACCCUGGUUUUCAACGCGUUCGUCAUGAUGACCGUCUUCAAUGAGGUCAACGCGAGAAAAGUGCACGGAGAGCGCAACGUGUUCAAGGGACUCGCCUCGAACCGCGUCUUCUGCGUCAUCUGGAUCACCACGUUUAUCGCCCAAAUCAUCAUUGUCCAAUUCGGAGGCGCCUGGUUCUCGACGGCCCCGCUCACUCUCCAGCAAUGGAUCGUCUGCCUCGUGCUCGGCUUCUCCACACUCAUCUGGGGACAGAUUGUGGCGACGAUCCCAUCGAAAAAGCUACCGAAGGCGUGGAAGGUCGGCAAGGGCGAGGUCGAGGCGGCCAAGAUUCACAUAAACGGCGACUACAACGUGCGUGCUCGUUCCCGAGCCGUCACCCUUCGUCGUACCGGAAAGUCGUUGUGGGUGCGCGGAAUGUUCCUGAUCGGAAAUCAUGUAAGUGAUGAGGACACUGUUGUUCUUUACGGUUUUUACAGCGAUUCGCACUCGGAAUCCUCGUUUUAUACCAGAAAACUGUAAAUUUUUAGCGCUCAUGUAGUGGAUAGAAACCAUUUAGAGACAAUAUUUCUAUUUUCCGUCCGUUUUCAGCUUCGUGUGCUCCGCGCGUUCGGAAUGGAGAAGAGCGAGAAGGCGGCGUUCGGACGGACCGCACCGGCGAUGACCGCCGAGGCCGCCGAGCGUUGGCGCGCCAGCUACCGCAAGUACCGUCAUCAGAAGCACCAGGAGAAGAGUGAGUAGAAGCUGAGCAACUAAUUUUCACGUAAAUCCAUAUUCAGGAGCCACCGCCGAGACUGCCGAAUCGGUGAAAUCGGCCGACUGGGCCAAGGAGCAGAAGGAGAAGAAGAAGACGUUCAAGCAGAUAAAACAGGUCGCGCGCGGAAAGAGUCUCGACAAAGAGGCCAAGAAGGUGCGUGCUUCGAAUAGAGAAAAACGCUGCUUUUUCUACAAAUUUUGAAUUUCAGCAGCACAAACGACACAAAAAGGACCAGACGAACGUCGACAUGGAAGACAUUGAACUCCAUUAA